AUAUGAAUCUCCGUCCCAUCUACUUCUGUUUUGGAAUUAUUUGUUGGACGGCAGUGAAUGCAAUCGACCCUUCAACUAUAACCGACAGCUUAAGCCUGGCAAAUGAUCUGGGUUCAUUUAUUGAGAGUCAGGACUUUUCCAGGGCGGCAUCAAAGCUUAUAUCCUCUGUGAGUCCAUACCUGGGCGUUAUUGGAGCCGUCUUAUCUUUCAUCUUCGGAUUUUUUGACACAGGUCCUUCUGCAGAACUUCAAGCCAUUCAGAAACUAUACGAAGACGUCACUCUCAGAUUUGACCGUAUAGAUCAUGAGUUUGCCACAAUUUCCCGCCAAAUUAACUGGGUAAACAUUGAAGUCCAUUAUGGUACUUACGAGAGCACAAUUCACGUGGUUGGAGAAAAAUAUAGAGCGCUUGCUGCCUCAAAAAGUCAAACCGAGUUUAACGCAAGGAAGCAGUUGUUUUUCAACAGCUUUCAACAAUAUAACGAAGCUGGGGGGAAGAUUUACGACGGAGUGAUGGGUCAAAGUAACCUUUUUAACGGACCAAUUUUUGAUGAGGCCAUCACCCACUUGGAGUGGGAUCGAAAGAAGACUCAACAAUUCAUGCUAGGCGUUACAAAAUUAUUAAUAGACGCAGCGGCAAUUGAAAUAGCCUAUUAUGAACUUGCGAAUCCGUCCUUAUCUUCCUUUAUUCAGCACGACUGGUUAGUAAAGUUUGAACAUUUAAAAAACACAAUGACUGCAGCUGACCACAAACUGAUGACGCAAUACGGAAGACAACUGGCCAUUGAUGUGGAUAAAUUUGUUUCAGACCAUGCUCACGCUAGCAACUGUGACUUGACUAAUCCCUUGCAUGACAAAAUUUCACAAAAAUACUACUGGCGUAAUUGGCUUGUUGUAACCAGCGAUCACAGCACAGAUCAUACAAAGUACAUGGUUCACGUUUGCUCUGGAAUAGGAGGAACCAUAAACAACCAACACGGAAAAAACGUAGUGGUAGCGAGUGUUGACAUACAUAAAGCCCAUCUUACUACAGAUCAGCAACAUGUCGUCAAUUAUGUGCAUACCACGCAUACAUUUCAUAUCAUGCACGGAGGAAAACGAGCUAUCGAAAAACGAGUUGGCCAUCGUAGAAAUGAUGCAAAUGUAGCUUUCGAUUCAUUUCCAAAGUCGGCUCGUUCCUCUUGCAAUACAUAUGGUUCAAUUGGUGUAAUUGAUCGUGGAAUGAACGCCUGCUUUAGGUCUCCUUACCUUCACCUUUUUCAACGAGAUGAUGGUCGCUAUUACAAGGUGUACGCUUUUGGAUAG